UAAAUACCAGUCGCGAGCAGAAAUUCUCACUCAGAAACGCCAACAUCUCGCGUAAAUCGCGCUACAAUUGUAGUUAUCGCAUCGCCAACAAUAACUGCAGCUGAAACCGGGAGACAAUAGAGCACAAAAACACAGCAAAUACCGUACAAAUCAGCUACGUUUAUGGCGCACCAGGAGGAGAGGAAGAAUCAGCGCCCCGCCGCCCCCGCCCCUCAUCACAAAUUCAUCAGCAACAACAACCAGGAACAGAGCUAACACGAAAAAAAAACAAACAUAUAUUUUUGCUACCACUUUUGUAUGGCUAAAACGCUCCAUUGAUUUAUUGAGAGUUUUCGAGACGUUGCCAGCUGUUUUUGCCGCUUUUUCUCCACCCCUUCUUGUUCUUCAACAAAAGCGAGAGCGCGGUCAACGUCCUGCGAAGAGAGAGAAAUACAGAGAGAGGGGUAAAAGCGAAGGUGAGCGAAAGGACACCGGCAGCAGUCUCUCCUUCUUCAUCGCGAAAUAAUAAAUAUAUUGUACAUCUUAAGUGGCAAACAAAGUUGUUAAAGAUAAGGCCCAAAGACCGGCACCCGUAAUCAGCAACGUAAUCCCCCGCGAACCAGAAAAACAAAAACCAAAAUGCGCCUGUUUCCAGUCCGAUUUUCCGCCGCCUCCUCCUCGAUGGCGAGUUUGGCCAAAAUGCUCGACUUUUACUCUGGAUUUAAUCCCUCGCCCCUCUCUAUAAAGCAGUUUAUGGACUUUGGUCAGAAUGCUUGCGAAAAGAAAUCAUAUAUAUUCCUGCGCAAGGAGCUUCCGGUUCGACUGGCGAAUAUCAUGAAGGAGAUAGCUUUGCUGCCGGAUAACCUGUUGCACACAAGAUCCGUGAGCGAGGUGAGCUCCUGGUAUGUGAAGAGUUUCGAGGACGUGCUGGUGUACGAGAAAGCCGAUCCCACGCACGACAAUCUGCAAAAGUUUGUGGCCGAUUUAGAUCUCAUUAGGAAUCGGCACAACGAUGUGGUGCAGACCAUGGCCCAGGGUGUGAUCGAAAUGAAGGAGAACGAAGGUGGUCAGGUGGAUGCACCCACCGAGAGCUCCAUUCAAUACUUUUUGGAUAGGCUGUAUAUGUCGAGGAUCAGCAUUCGAAUGCUGAUCAAUCAGCACACCCUGCUCUUUGGAGGAAAUCCCCAUGCGGGUGGCCGCCACAUUGGGUGCCUGGACCCCGCCUGUGAUCUGUCGGAUGUGGUGCGCGAUGCCUACGAGAACGCCCGCUUCCUGUGCGACCAGUACUACCUGACCAGUCCGGCGCUGGAGAUCCAGCAGCACAGCAGCGAGCCCGGCGACAACCUGCCCAUCCGCACCGUCUACGUGCCUUCGCACUUGUACUACAUGCUCUUCGAGCUCUUCAAGAACUCCAUGCGAGCGGUGGUGGAGCACCAUGGCCAUGACAACAACGACACAUUGCCCCCCCUGAAGGUGGCCAUUUGCAAGGGCAAGGAGGACAUUUGCGUGAAGAUCUCUGACCAGGGAGGCGGCAUUCCCCGCUCCCAGACCGACCAGCUUUUCAAGUACAUGUACAGCACAGCGCCGCAGCCGUCGAAAUCGGAUCUGCACACGGUACCGCUGGCAGGCUAUGGCUAUGGCUUGCCGAUCUCAAGGCUCUACGCCCGCUAUUUCCACGGUGAUAUUGUGCUGCUCUCAUGCGAGGGAUUCGGCACCGAUGCGAUCAUCUAUCUGAAGGCUCUGUCCGACGAGGCCAACGAAUUGCUGCCGAUCUUCAACAAGACAAGCUCAAAGUUCUAUCGCGCCACCGUGCCCACGGGUGACUGGUCGAAUCAGAGCUCGGAUAUGAAUGCACGCCAGCUGUCGGCCAGCAUACCAAAACGCUGCGACUUUAUUCAGGACGCUUGAAAGAAGCGCCCUGGCAACCGCUAUACUCAGGCUUAGGAAACAUGACGAUUCAGGAAGAGCAACUGUUGGAUACACAAAAAACUCGAUAUAUAUCACUAGCCCUAGGCAAACAUUCCCAAACUGCGGCAGCAACAAAAGCAACUCAAAUUUGUAUUCAUGGCAGUAACGU